AUGUUCUCAGAGUUCGAUAAUACUAAUGAUUAUAUCAAAGGGAACACAAAUAUUGCUGAUUCAUUAUCUAGAAAGUUUACAGAAUUAGUUAAAUCGGAUACAGAUUAUGAUGCAGAUGAUUUAGAAGGUCUUACAAUUGCAAAUACUACAUUCUAUAUUGAAACUCAUCCAUUAGGUGCAGAUAUACUUGAAGAAAUUAAAGUUACCUUCCCAGGUCAUAUAAAUUAUAUAUACAGCAAUAUUAGAACAGUUUAA